AUGCCCAUGAGCUUUUCUCGAAUGGCCCGGCUCACCUCCUGGCAGUCCGGCCUCAGGCGGGUGCUGCCCUGUGCCAGCCGUGGCCGCCGGUCUGCGGCGCUAGGUGCCGCCGGGCUCGCGACGGGCGCGCUGCUGGUCGCGGAGCCCACGAAAUGCGACUCGAAGACUGGGCAGUGCGACACCCGUUUGUACCCCAAGGACCUGGAGAAGUACCUGCAGCCCUCCGAGUCCAACCCCACCCCCGUGACGCUGCCGCCCCCCUUCCCGGGCCUGGCGAGGUGGAAGGGUUGGUGGUCCGAGACCCGAGUGGUGCCCAGUGGUGCCCAGUGGUUUGGGAGGUAA